AUGCGUUUUUGGCGAACCAUUUGUCUGGAUAUGUCGGCUACCUCGGGCAUGAAAACAGAUAUUGUCUCAAAGAAAAGGCGUGCUGGCGAUGAUGAUCGAUCGAUAUAUCUCAAUUAUUGGUACGGGGAGCUAGUCCAGCACUACGGACUUCAAAAGCCGGGCUCUCCCCGUCAACCAUUCGAGGUCAUGAUUUUUGACCAGCACGUAAUGAGGGCAACAGCAAGGCGUCGGUUUUUUGUUUCCAAGAAUGGCUACAUUGGACUUGCACCACCCGACACACAAGUUGGGGACAUGAUAUGCGUUUUUGCAGGUGGCAAGAUCCCUUUUAUUAUUCGAAAUUUAGAAAAGGGCAAGGAACCAAGCAAUGAUACCGGAGAAUUUGAACUUGAGUGCUCGCUGGUUGGAGAUGCCUAUGUUCAUGGACUAAUGGAUGGGGAGGCAGUGCAAAUGAUUGAUGAGAAAGCUAAGGAAUUCCAAACCUUCAAGCUAUUUUGGGUUUUUUUAUUUUAA